AUGGAAGAGCAUCUACAACACUUGAGAGUUAUCUUCAACAUGUUGAUCAAACACCAACUCUUAGUCAGGAAAAGCAAAUGUUAUUUUGGAGCUUAUAAGGUGGAAUACCUAGGGCACUUCAUUUCUGCUGAAGGUGUGUCCACUGAUCCUAAGAAGAUUGUUGUUGUUCAAGAAUGGCCAACUCCUAAAUAUGUGAAGGAGUUGUGGGGAUUCUUGGGGUUGGUUGGAUACUAUAUAAGGUUUAUAAGAAGAUAUGGUUGGAUAAGCAAGCUCCUGACUGAUCUUCUUAAGAAGGAAGGGCUUUCUAGAAUGACAAGGGAGAUAAUUUGUAGUAAGAACAAACUAGAAGGCCCUAAAUUUCUUACUGGAUCAGAAGUUGCACACUGGUACUUAGAUGAAAUGGAUAUCCAAGCUAAUGCAAUUUGA